UUGGUAAUUGAAAAGAGAGGGAGAGCGAAGAGAAUGAGAUAACGGUUUGAUGAAGUAGGGAUAAUGGAGUGUUGGUUAUUGUUUGAGUGACUAACUUUACAUAUUUCUUCCCUUACAAAACAUUAUCUGAAUCUCGCACAUGGCGGUUUCCAUGGCUACUACUACUCUAUUUUCUACAUCCACUAUAACUCUCAGGCCCCAACUUCAAUCAAGGUUUGCAUUUCCCGCAGUUCCUUCUACGUUACGGGUUGCUCCACUGCGAACGCUUACACUGGCCACCAUCUCUCAGCCAUCCACCGGCGGCAAAGUUCGCGGUAUCAUGAAGCCACGAAAAGUUUCUCCCGAGAUGGCAGCCAUCGUCGGCGUUCCAGAGAUUUCCCGAACUCAAGCUCUCAAGUACAUUUGGGCUUACAUUAAGGAAAACAAUCUUCAGGACCCUGAAAACAAGAAGCUUAUACGCUGUGAUGAGAAGCUGAAGAAGAUAUUUGCAGGGAAAGAUGAAGUUGGUAUGCUUGAGAUUGCUGGGUUGAUUAGCCCUCAUUUCCUUAAGUGAUGUUAAGGGCCAGUUAGUCUUAUCUUGGCCUGCAACACAGUAGCCUUAGUGUUUUGUUUUUGUUAGUACUAUGGACACCGAACAAGUCUAUGUUGAAGAGUUCGUUUUGAACGAUGUAAUUUCUUCAACAAGCUAUAGCGAGUAGGUUUUUAUUGGGACAUGUUUCUUUUUAAUUUAUUUAUGAAAUUAUUGGAGAUGUUAAAUAUGGUGGUGCUACGUGUACCUUUUUAUUAUCA